UGUAACUUAAGAAAUGGAGACAGCCGCCCUUGUAGUUCCAAUCACUGGUCUGGAAUUCCUUCAGGACAAGUUUUUACUUACGGGUGAAGGUCCAGUUUUGUCAGUGUUCAGCCUCCAAACUCUUCCUAAGGCCAGUGUCUCACUGAGCGUCCUCCAGCAUCACCGGAUUCACGGCAUAAGACCAAGAAAUCAGGCUGCUGUUCCAACCCAGAGCUCUUCCACAGUAACCCAUAGGCAUGACAGGAGCUCCAUCUCAAAGCCGUAUUUCCAUGACUUGGCGGUGUUCGGAGGAAAGGCUGUGAGGGUGGUAAGGCUCCAUGUGGAUGUGGAGCAUCUGCGUUUGGAGACCCAGGGUCCCCUGUUGGAGCUACGGGACUGGGCCUUGGAUGCUCGCUGGUCCUCUGGAGACAACCGGUCACUACUCUGUGUGGCUGUCGCCCACAACGGCGCUCUUCUCCUGGACGCUGUUUCAGGAAAUGUGCUGGUUCACUGCUCCUGUUUUGAAGGUUGUUUAUUGUAUUCUGCCCUUCUUCUGGUGCAUGAGUCCUGGGCCGAUACUGUCUUGGUAGGGGGGACCGUUUUCAACCAGCUGGUCAUUUGGAAACCAGGAGGAUGUAAUGAAAUGAGUGAUUCAGGGUUUAAAGCUCCAGUUGAGCGGCGUCUGUCGGGCCACAGCGGUGUCAUCUUCAGCAUCUCUUACCUACAGGAGAAAGGACAGCUGGCAUCCGCCUCGGACGACCGCAGCGUUCGAGUCUGGGGCAUCGGAACGAUAGGUGGCCCUGGAGGGAACUGCGGGGAGCUGAACCCGACUUGUUUAAGAGUCCUUUACGGUCACCAAGCCAGAGUUUUCUCGGUGCGUCUCACUCCGGAACGAGUGUUCAGCGCCGGGGAGGACGGGACCUGUUUGGUCUGGGACUUGGCCGGGGGCGGGAAGGUGGUCCGCACGCUGAAGGGUCAUCGAGCCGGAGGCAUCCGUGCCCUGGCGGUCAGCGACUUGACGGGGGACGGUAAGCGGUGGGUGGUGACGGGGGGAGCAGACGGCGGGGUCCGGCUGUGGAAGGUGGAAGACCGCGAGCGGGAUAAAGAGGACGUGAACGAGACGGUGGAGAAAAUAACGGACCUGAAACUUCCUAAUCACGUCCCGACAAAAGUAGUUUGUGUCGCAGGGGGGAAGGAUGGAAACACGAGCUGGUGUCAGUUUGUAGUUUGCACUGACAGGGGAAUAAUUUGCCAGUACAAAGGUGGAAAGUGGGAAACAUUAUGGCAAGGGCCUCCAGAGUUCCAUUCCUACUGUGUGAUAGAUGCAAUAUCUGUUGUGAUUGAGUCGGCCACCACGGUUGAUUUAUGCAGUGUGGGAAACCUUGGCGGAUCCUUACAGGUGCUUCCUACUUCUCAUCCAGAGUCCGGAAUCAGACUUACAGGUGGAUCAGGGAAGAUUCAUAGUGUGAUUUGGCAAAAGCAUAAAGAUGAUGUUUAUUUGCUAGCAUCGGGCGCUGAAGGACUCGUCUACCGCUGGCGUGUCGACGUGAAAACAAAGAAAAACAGUUUCUUAGACGUUAGUGCAACGUCUCUUCCACCUUUUCUCCUACCUAAGUGCGCUAAGCGUUGGCUCACAGCUGCCACUCUCCUCCAGCGCAGCCCUGAGACUCUUCUUUGGGUUUGUGGAGACAGAAGAGGCUCCUUGCUUUUGUUCAAGGAAGGAGCAAACACCGAGCGUGGGGAAAGAGACGAGGGACGGGUCGACGACGAACAAGGAGAAGUAGAUGGGGAAAGCCGAGCGACGGAGCUGCAGCCGCUGAGCUGUUUGUUUGGGGCGCACGGGAAAGGUGGCGUCACGUCGGUGUGUGAGCACCGAGGGUUGCUCUACAGCUCCGGAAAGGACGGCUGUGUGAGGGUGUUCAGAGUGAACCGAGCGCCCGAAAGCCCAGGCGAGAGCCGACGAGACGACAGUUCUCAGAACGAAAAGCUCCAGCUGGAGGUGCUCCGGGUCCAGAGGGCCUGCAAAGGUAUGGAGUGGCUGGAGAGAGUUUUAUUUCUUGAGUCUGAAUUUCUAUUAGAGGAGGAGAAAUGUGAAGAUCAGUGGGUGGCUGAAGAUGGAGAACAGAUUUUUAUAGAGGACGCCAAAGAAAGAGAAGCCAGAUUCGUUAUUGCCGGCUUUCACGCUGCUCAUUUCGUGAUUUGGGACCCUGUGAGACAGGAAAGGCUAAUGUCUGUGCCGUGUGGUGGAGGGCACCGUUCUUGGAGCCUCUGGACGUCGCACGCAGGGAUUUGGCCCGGGUAUGGAGCAUUGGUCUUCAUUAAGCAGGGAGCAGUUCUGACUUGGCAGCCCCCCGGUGAGACGCUUGGCGGGGCUGAGAAGGAGGGAGAGACUGCGGGGUGGAGCUUGAGGGACUCCAUCCAUGGGAGGGGGAUCUGGUGUGUUUGCAGGCUGGGCAGGAUCGAGGAGUUUGGGGAUGACGUUCGGACAAAGCGUGAUAAAAGCGACAGUGAAAAUGAGGGAUGUGAGGUGGGAGGAGAGAAAAGAUGUUGGGAGAUAGUCGUUACAGGAGGAGAGGACACCAGCUUAGCUGUCCUGGCGUUGAAUCCACUUUCUGGCCUCGUCAGAGUCCUGUCAGUUCUCACCGACCACAUCUCAGGUGUGCGCACAGUGACAGCCAUAACACGCCCAGAGGGAGGGCGCAAACAGCAGAAACAUACUCUGUCUGCCUUGCUGCUGUCAGCCGGCGGCCGGGCUCAGAUCCAGUGUUACCGGCUGGUGAUCCUCUGGGACCGACAGAGACGGGCUCCCUCCUGUCAGGUGGUCCAGGUAGCAAGCCACCGAUUGGACAUACAAUGGGAAAGGAGGCGGAACCGACACAAAACGGUGAAAAUGAACCCCGAAACGAGAUAUGUCUCUAUAGAGGUUCUGGAGGAAAGGGUGGACUGUGUCCUCUUUGCUCUGUCCUGCAGUGAUGGGGCUGUCAGACUGUUUUCUGUCAGUGAGGUUAAAAAUCGAAUUGACCUGUUGUGGGAGAUAUUUUACCACCAGCGCUGUGUGCUCAGUGUCGCCACCUGCAGCCUGGAGGAUGACGAAGGCAACAGGUCUAAGCUGCUCUUUAGUGCUGCUACAGACGGGAAAAUCGCUGUGUGGCAUUUGACUCAAGCUCAGUUUUCAUCGAUGGAUAAUUCAAGUGGUGCUCCAACCGCACCAAUCCCCGGCCUCGACAUUCCCGCCCACCAGAGUGGCGUCAACUCAUUGGCUGUUUGGGCAGAGAAACUGGGAAGACGAGAGGGUUGCCUAGUAACUGUUGCAAGUGGAGGAGAUGACGGGCAGCUGACAGUGUCCACAGUUAGGGUGUGGUACCCAGAAGAUGGGAAGCUCGGCGGCAGCAGAGGAUUCUCACAGAUCUGUCACCGUCGCGCGUUACCGCAAGCUCAUGUUGAACCUUCUGAUCAGAUUCAGCUUCAGCUGCUCUCCCAGUCCCACGUCCUGCUGGCCCACGCUGGCCCCCUCACCGCCCUGAAGCUCCUGAGCCCAGGCCUCCUGGUCUCCACCUCCUCGGAUCAGAGGGUUUGCCUAUGGAGAGUCGGCCGUACCGGCAUCAGCCACAGCGGAGCGCUGUUCUCACACGUUGCUGAUGCUGCGGGGCUCGCAGUGUGGGAGGGGGGUGAGGGAGACGAGACGGGAACGACAGGAUUUGAGACCGAGCGGGUUAACGCAGGAUACGAGGGAAAUGUUGACCCAGUUUGUGACAGAAAAGGCUGCGAGACAACUGAGACAGAUGAGAAGACGGGUUCUGUGGUUUCCUGUGGGAGCAGGGAAAAGAGACAGAAGAUGGGAUGGGUGCUGGUCUGUGGCCAGGGCUUCCAGCUACUGAGACUCAGAUUUUCAGAAAUGGACACAGAGAACAUUAGAAAGGAGAAUGGUUUUCAGAAACAACCUCCAGAAAAUCAAGAGUUUUUAUUUUCCAAAGGACAUGUGUGAACAAUGUUAAAGAUGUGUUGAUAAUUUAAAAAAAA